CCGGUCACGUGGCCUAUCAUGGCCGCCUCCAUGGCCCGCGGCGUGAGCGCCCGGGUCCUGUUACGGGCUGCUGGGGGAUCUUGGGGACCCAGGGCCGGGCACGCGGCAGUAACAUCUAGGACGUUCGGAGCUACAGGCGAGCGGCGUGCUGGCGAGGACGAGGUGGACGGCCCGGAGGUGCCCCGGGAUGUGGUCAACGUGGUGUUCGUGGACCGCUCUGGCAAGCGGAUCCCGGUGAGGGGCAGAGUCGGGGACAAUGUUCUGUACCUGGCCCAGCGCCACGGGGUGGACCUGGAAGGGGCCUGCGAAGCAUCUCUGGCCUGUUCCACCUGCCAUGUGUAUGUGAGUGAGGCCCACCUGAAUCUCCUGCCUCCUCCUGAGGAGAGGGAGGACGACAUGUUGGACAUGGCUCCACUGCUCCAGGAGAACUCGAGGCUGGGCUGCCAGAUUGUGCUGACCCCUGAGCUGGAAGGAGUCGAGUUUACUCUUCCCAAGAUCACCAGGAACUUCUAUGUGGAUGGCCACAUUCCCAAGCCCCACUGACAUGAGGCCACCGGACCGACUAGAGCCAUUGAACUGAAAAGAAAAGCCAUGCUUCCUACCACAGAGCACGGACUGCCUAAGAAAGAGAAGUUGGACCCACAGUGUGAGACCAGAGCUGCCACUGGGGACAGCCAGUGUCUGAGCCCUGAGGGGGAUGGGUCUUGGAUCUAUCUGUCUACCAGAGAGAAUCGAACUAUAAAUUAAGGAUGGACUCAAACCAGAGCUGCAAUAAAAAGUCAUACCCA